AUGUGGUAUUGCGAGGUGGGUGGUUAUCACGAGUUAUUUUGGCUUGUGGUGUUGUACCAGGAGGCUGCUUGCCGCGACGCCAAUUGUGUGUAUUAUGGUGUGUUACGCGUCUACGUGUGGAGUCUUGCCAAGUACGGUAAGGUGCACAGGGAGACUAAAAAUCGGGCACAGGGAGCGGAAAGGGGGCCCAUUAGGUAUGGGGUGCCGGUCAUCUGGUUUACGCUAAACCCGAACGACAUCACGAACCUGGUGAAGCUACGGCUAGCGGCGCACCGCGGCCGCGACGGCGACGCGGCCGAGGCCUUCCUAAGAGACCUAGGGACUGCGUAUAAGCGGACACAGCUAGCCAUCUCGGACCCGAUGAGCUCGGCCGUCUUUUUCCACCGGGAGAUGACGCUCUUCUUCGAGCACUACGUCAGGACCGGGGAGGAGUCGGUGUUCGGGCACGUCGGAGCGUACUACGGGGCCGUAGAGACGAACGAGCGAGGCGCCCUCCACCUCCACGGGCUCCUCUGGCUUAAGGGUAACAGGGGGCUCGGCGAGGCGCUCGCGGGCGCCGACACGGGGGAGCAGGCGGCGUACCGGGAGCGGAUCGUCCGAUAUAUAGAUAGCGUCUUCUCCGAGGAGCUAGACGCAGAAAGUUACUACGUUGUACAGGUGGAGAGGUCAGCCACGGCGGACAUAUCGUCACAGCUUUACGACGUCGCCCGCUUCACGGACGCCUUCGACGAGGAGGCCAACUUCUGCGCGGGCGCGACGCAGGUCCACACGCACAGCGCGACCUGCGUCAAGUACUCGCUCGGCGCCGGGGCUCGCAAAGGGGACCUCUGCCGGUUCAAGGCGCCGUGGAGGCUGGUGGAGAGGACAGCGUUGACGGCGGACGGGGUGCUCGAGGUCCGGCGGACGCACAGCAUGGUGAACCGGUGGAACAGGGCGAUGGCGGUCGGGCUGCGGCACAACCACGACAUCUCGUUCAUCGCGACGCAGCGCAAGACCAUGGCCCUGAUCUACUACAUCACCAACUAUGCGACAAAGGUCGAGGACCCGAUAUGGAAGCGGGUAGCCGCCGCUGCCGAGCUGCUGCCUACCUUGGAGCCGACGGCAGAGAGCGAUAACACUAGCACCGACCGCGACGCCGGCCAGGGGACCGAGUCCAGAGACAAGGUAGCGGCGGACCCCGUACAGGAAAACAAGACUCGGGUAUUCCUACUAAAGGCAGCGAACCGAGUCUUUACAGAGCGGUCGCUAUCGCAGGUCGAGGUAAUAGCGCACCUUCUAGGGUACCCGGCCGAAUUUAGCAGCGGCGCAGCGUGGGCAUAUAUAAAUGUAAACCAGCUCUACUGGGCCGUCUUCCGCCGGUGGCAACACCUCCGACAGGUAAGCGGCGCGGCGGCGACGGGCGACGGGCCGGACGAGACGGUCGUCGUCGAGGCAGCGGGGCCGAGGCUGCCGCUCGUCGAGGCCUACCAGCAUAGAGGCGAGCUCCUACAGGGACUCUGCCUUUAUGACUACGCAUCACUAGUCAGGCUAAAGAGGCGGGACGAUGCUGGCGUGGAUGGCUGCGUAGGCUGGGGCGAGAUAUCCUUCACGGAGAGCUGGGCGUUAGGGAAGGGCUGGGUGCAGGCGCUUAGGCGGCUAGGUAAGGGGGCGAUGGUAUGCCUCGACGGAUACUUGAGCAAGGAUUUUAGCGAGGAAGACGAGGACCCCUAUCACCAGAGGGCAGCGGUACAGCACCUCGCGCUCUUCGUGCCGUGGGGGAAAUUUCUUAGCGAGGAAGUAGGCGACAUUAAAGACAUCUGGGCGCGGGCACGGGAGCUGCUAACACCGAGGGUCGCCCGGCUUACAGAUAACGUACAGCUCCUUCGGAGGUCGGCAGAGGACGCGAAGCGCGAUGCUAAGCAGUGGGCUGCCACGUCCGAGGAAGGCGAGUUGACGGCGGCGCGGGCGGAGGGGGAGGGCGGCGAGGCCGCCGAGCAGCGGCGGCAGCACGACAAGGCGCACGCGCUGUGGCGUCGCUUCACGACGGUCGUCAUGCUCGACGAGCAGAUGCGGGCCGCCGGCGACCCCGAGCUGCGGCGGCUGCUCGGGCGGAUCCGGCGCGGCGAGCAGGACCGGUCGGACCUAGAGCUGCUCAACUCGAGGUGCCACCGGCCCGGCACGCGGAUCGCGUGGGAGACGGGGGUGACGGUGGUGACGCCGCUGAACCGGAACCGCUGGAACCUCAACCUCGAGGCGGCGCUCGCGUUCCAGGUACUGCAGCAGACGGCGGCGCGCGUCUUCCUAUCCGAGCAUAAGUGGAAGGGGGGCGAGCCGACGGAGGAGGAGGCGGUGCUGAUGCUCGGCCAGGGCGAUGACAGCGCGACGCCGGUGCCGGCCGUCUUCGUCUUCGUGCCCGGGAUGCCGGUCGUCGUAAACCAGAACACGCACCAGGGGCUGAAGGUGGUGAACGGGGCCGGGUACACGGCGGUGGCGGUGAUCCCAGACCGCGCCUUUCCCGGCCACCGGGUCUCGGCGGAGCUGACGGUGCACUUCGGGCCGCCGGCGGGCCUCGUGCUGGCGUCGGAGACGACCAAGGACUUCCACUUCGUCGGGAUGCCGGCGGGGACGAUCCUGCUGACGCCCAUCAGCGUGAAGAUCACGGCGCAGCGGAAGCGGCCCUGGCAGCGCAACGACGUCAGCCGGCGGGGCCUGCCGUGCGCCGCGGCCUUCGCCUGCACCGACUACAAGGUGCAGGGCGGGACGAUAGAGCGCGUCGCGCUCGAGCUGCGGGGGGCGAGGACGGCGACGGUCGAGGGCAGGGCGGUGGCGUCGCCGUGCGACCCCUACAGCCUCUACGUACAGCUCUCGCGGUGCCCGACGCUCGACGGCAUCACGCUAGUGUCGGAGGUGCGGGAGCGGGACUUCAUAGGGAACCGGGUGCCAGAGGAGAUGACGGCGGCGCAGGCACGGCUAGAGGAGCUAAGCAGGCAGACGACACGGGAGGCAGGCAGCCUGCUCCGUGGCUAA